AUGGCGCCAUCAGGUUUCGCCGCACCAUCUCAGUCACGCACUGAGUGCCGAGUGACACAGCAAGAGAAUAGUCUACGGCAACACACUCGCAAGUUGGCAUGGAGCACGCCUACUACGUCGGACAUGAUGAUAUCCCCUAGAGCAACUAUCGGAACUGCCACAAACUUGGCUUCAAAGAGUUUCUCGCCCAGCGAUGAUGGGCUACCCAGCGACACUUGCGAUGUACUACCCAUGGACUCGAUCUCGGAAAAGGACACUGCGUCCUCCAUAGCACACAGCUCUCCGACCUAUGACGAUACCUCAGCCACUUCUAUGUCCUCGGCAUCCCUGGCGAAGUUGCCGUUUCUUGAGCAGUUCCCCCCUUUGGAUGGGCUGCCGCAUUUCCGUCUGAUUCUGGAGUUAGUAUAUGAGGAAGAUGUCGAUUCUCUGGGUACCCAUGUUGACCUAAAAUCCAGUGUGGACAAGGCAAUUCAAAAUGCGACAAUAAGAACACCGUUCGGUCCUAUCAUCAGCACAUCAGCCAAUGAGCCUGCUAGAGCAGUUGCAGAGUCGACUGACUCAAACCAGGUCACUACGCCCGACAGUACAUCGAUGGAUGACCCUGAUUUUGCGCCUCAUGGAGGGCAAAGCCACACCAGCCAACGCCAGGAGGCUGCUGCUACACCAUCUUGCGGCAUCGCUAGCUAUGAUAACCAAACAGACAGUGCCAACGGUCAUCUGCAAAACUCGCAGGAUGAUUGCAGGAGCCCUGAAGGCGAUGGAGGCGAUCGCUCCCCUAGAUCGCCCACUUCUUUUAUCGAUCCGGUCGAUCACCCCGAGUCUUUCAGAAACGAGGUCCUGGCCAUCCAGCCAUCACCGUUGGCCGGUUUGGGUGCCUUUGCUCUUAAGGACAUCAGCCGAGGUCAGACUAUUCUGAUUGAGCGAGCUCUCUUCCGUGCGAACGAUGACACAUUAUGCGACCAAAUCGACGACCUGAAGCCGUCGCUCAGGCAAGCUUACGAGCGCAUGCAUGCCUACGAGAACAAGGAGACUUCUAUUGGCGGUCGUGUAUUUGCCCUCUUCCAUACAAACAGUUUCAAUACCGGGCCACGUGAGGCUGGCGUCUUCUUGGUUGCAGCCCGCUUUAACCAUGCGUGCAAGCCGAAAGACAACAUCCUCUACGUAUACGAUCAGCGUCACAAGGCGAUCGUCUUCUCGGCCGCACGGGACAUCUUGGCCGGAGAGGAGUUGACGAUUACUUACGGCAAAGGCCCGAGGGAGUUGUACUUGGAGUACGGCUUCAUAUGCAAGUGUGGUGGCUGCACCUCACUUACGGACGAGCAGAUCGCCGCGAUGCAUGCUCCGAUCGACUGGUGA